UAGUUCUAGUCAUCCACACUUAUUUCUGAUAACUCGUGAAGGUGUGAGGAAAAUAAAAUCAGCUCUACAACUAGUUAGGAAGUCAGAAGUCGGAGCAGCAUGAGUGAUGACACACCCUUACUCCUUCAUCACGGGCAAAGUCAUAAAUAAAGAUUUGCGGCACUACCUGAGUCUUCAGUUUCAGAAAGGAUCAAUUGACCACAAACUUCAGCAAGUCAUCAGAGAUAAUCUCUACUUAAGAACCAUCCCAUGCACUACAAGGGCUCCCAGGGAUGGGGAAGUUCCAGGGGUGGACUAUAAUUUCAUUUCUGUUGAACAGUUCAAAGCACUGGAAGAGAGCGGAGCCUUGUUAGAAAGUGGAACGUAUGAUGGAAAUUUCUAUGGCACUCCCAAGCCUCCAGCAGAACCUAGUCCUUUCCAGCCAGAUCCGGUUGAUCAGGUCCUCUUUGACAAUGAGUUUGACACAGAAUCCCAAAGAAAACGAACUACAUCUGUCAGCAAGAUGGAAAGGAUGGACAGCUCUCUCCCUGAAGAAGAGGAAGAUGAGGACAAGGAUGCUGUUAAUGGCAGUGGAAACACGGAAACCAGAGAGAUGCAUUCUGAGUCAUCUGACUGCUGGAUGAAGACUAUUCCAAGUUAUAACCAAACAAAUAGCUCCAUGGACGUUAGAAAUUAUAUGAUGAGAGAUGAGAAUCUGGAACCACUGCCCAAAAACUGGGAAAUGGCCUACACUGACACAGGGAUGAUCUAUUUCAUUGAUCAUAAUACCAAGACAACCACCUGGUUGGAUCCUCGUCUCUGCAAGAAAGCCAAAGCCCCUGAAGACUGUGAAGAUGGAGAGCUUCCUUAUGGCUGGGAGAAAAUAGAGGACCCUCAGUAUGGAACAUACUAUGUUGAUCACCUCAACCAGAAAACUCAGUUUGAAAAUCCAGUGGAAGAAGCCAAAAGAAAAAAGCAGAUAGGACAGGCUGAAAUUCAUCCUGCAAAACCAGAUAUGGAAAGGUCUCACUUUACUCGGGAUCCAUCCCAACUUAAAGGUGUCCUUGUCCGAGCAUCACUGAAAAAGAGCACGAUGGGAUUUGGUUUUACCAUCAUUGGUGGAGAUAGGCCUGAUGAGUUCCUACAAGUGAAAAAUGUGCUAAAAGAUGGGCCCGCAGCUCAGGAUGGGAAAAUUGCACCAGGUGAUGUUAUUGUAGACAUCAAUGGCAGCUGUGUCCUUGGUCACACUCAUGCAGAUGUUGUCCAGAUGUUUCAGUUGGUACCUGUCAACCAGUAUGUCAACCUUACUUUAUGCCGUGGCUAUCCACUUCCUGAUGACAGUGAAGAUCCUGUUGUGGACAUUGUUGCUGCUACCCCUGUCAUCAAUGGACAGUCAUUAACAAAGGGAGAGACAUGCUUGAAUACUCAGGAUUUUAAACCAGGAGUAAUGGCUUUGGACCAAAAUGGAAAACCAGGCCAAAUCUUGGCCAGUGACCAUCUCAAUGGUCCUUCAGAUUCAAGUGAACAGAGAGCAUCCCUGGCAUCAUCAGGCAGCUCCCAGCCUGAACUAGUGACUAUCCCUCUGAUUAAGGGCCCUAAAGGCUUUGGGUUUGCAAUUGCUGACAGCCCAACUGGACAGAAGGUGAAAAUGAUAUUGGAUAGCCAGUGGUGUCAAGGCCUUCAAAAGGGGGAUGUCAUCAAAGAAAUUUACCACCAAAAUGUGCAGAAUUUAUCACAUCUCCAAGUGGUAGAAGUACUAAAGCAGUUCCCAGUAGGUGCAGAUGUGCCGCUGCUUAUCCUAAGAGGAGGUCCUCGUUCACCAACUAAAACUGCCAAGAUGAAAACUGAUACAAAGGAAAAUUCAGGAAGUUUGGAGGCCAUAAAUGAACCUAUUCCCCAGCCUAUGCCUUUUCCGCCCAGCAUUAUCAGGUCAGGAUCCCCGAAGUUGGAUCCUUCUGAGGUCUACCUGAAAUCUAAGACUUUAUAUGAAGAUAAACCACCAAACACCAAAGAUCUGGAUGUUUUUCUUCGGAAACAAGAAUCAGGGUUUGGCUUCAGGGUGCUGGGAGGAGAUGGACCUGACCAGUCUAUAUAUAUUGGGGCCAUUAUUCCCCUGGGAGCAGCUGAAAAGGAUGGUCGGCUUCGUGCUGCUGAUGAACUGAUGUGCAUUGAUGGGAUUCCUGUUAAAGGAAAAUCACACAAGCAAGUCUUGGAUUUAAUGACCACUGCUGCUCGAAAUGGCCAUGUAUUACUAACUGUCAGAAGAAAAAUCUUCUAUGGAGACAAGCAAUCUGAGGAUGACAGCCCUCAAGCCUUCACACAGAAUGGAUCCCCCCACCUGAAUCGGGCUGAGCUCCCAGCCAGGCCUGCCCAGGAGGCCUAUGAUGUUAUCUUACAGAGAAAAGAAAACGAAGGGUUUGGUUUUGUCAUCCUCACCUCUAAAAGCAAGCCACCUCCAGGAGUUAUUCCUCAUAAAAUUGGCCGAGUCAUAGAGGGAAGUCCAGCUGAUCGCUGUGGAAAACUGAAAGUCGGGGAUCACAUCUCUGCGGUGAAUGGGCAGUCCAUUGUUGACCUGUCUCAUGAUAAUAUUGUUCAGCUGAUCAAAGAUGCCGGAGUCACUGUCACACUGACAGUCAUUGCUGAAGAAGAGCAUCACGGUCCACCAUCAGGAACGAACUCAGCCCGGCAAAGCCCAGCACUGCAGCACAGGUCCAUGGGACAGGCACAGGCCAACCACAUACCUGGGGACAGAAUUGCCCUAGAAGGUGAAAUUGGGAAAGAUGUCUGCAGUUCCUACAGACAUUCGUGGUCUGACCACAAGCACCUCGCACAGCCUGACACAGCAGUGAUUUCGGUUGUGGGAAGUCGACACAAUCAGAGCCUUGGGUGUUACCCAGUAGAGCUGGAGAGGGGCCCUCGGGGCUUUGGGUUCAGCCUCCGAGGAGGGAAGGAGUACAAUAUGGGGCUGUUCAUCCUUCGCCUUGCUGAGGAUGGCCCUGCCAUCAAAGACGGCAGGAUUCACGUUGGUGACCAGAUUGUUGAAAUCAAUGGGGAACCUACACAAGGCAUCACACAUACGCGAGCGAUUGAGCUCAUUCAGGCUGGCGGAAAUAAAGUCCUCCUUCUUUUGAGGCCAGGAACUGGCUUGAUACCUGACCAUGGUGAUUGGGAUAUUAAUAGUCCUUCAUCUUCCAAUGUCAUUUAUGAUGAACAGCCACUUCUCCCAUCUUCACAUUCUGCUUCCAUAUUUGAAGAACCUAAUGUGCCAGUAAUCGAAGACUCUCUGAUUAGAGUUCAGAUAUGUGAAAAGGCAGAAGAACUAAAGGACACUGUACCAGAAAAGAAAAGCACUUUAAAUGGAAGCCAGCCUGAAACGAAGCAUCAGAUUGUUUUCCAGAAAAAUGUGAGUAAGAAAGGUCCAUCCAAUAGUUAUGGGCAUGAGAAGAGUCUACUAAAAGGAGAAAAUGGUGUCACACGAAGAGGUAGAUCUGCUAGUCCCAAAAAGUCAGCUAAUCGACAUUCAGAGGAACAUUUGGAAAAGUUUCCCAGGCCCCUAAAAAGUGACCCCAAAGGAAAAUCUAGAGAUCGGUCACUCAGCCCUAGGAAAGGAGAGACUAAAGGUCAGAUCACCACUAAGGCAGGUUCUGGACAUGAUCCCUGCAGAAAAGGCAGGGGACGCUCUUCUAGUCCCAAGAAGCAGCAAAAGAUUGGAGGCAACAGCCCAUCAAACACUGAGAGCAAAUUCCCAGAAGUUGGGAGUCAAAGAACAGCAGGCCAUAUUUUCGACAGUACUGAACAGCUCCCAGAUGGUAAAGAAAAGUCGGGUGUCAUCAGGAAAGAUCUGAAGCAGAGUCAACUGGGUAAAAACAGAACGAGGUCUCCAGAGAAAAAGGGCCAUAAAAUUGAUGAAACAUCUCUUUCAUCCAAAAAGACUAACAACACCACUAGUAGGGCAGUGUCUGAGAAGGAAAAAGGAAAGAAGCCAACUGCAGGAGAUAACAUCCAGAUCUCAGCAAAGAAGCUCAAGCAGGAACCUGAAGAGAAGGUGAUGUUAAAUAAAUCGGGAGAUGACAAACAGAAAGAUCCAGAGGCCACUGACAAAUGCAAGGAGCAUGCAGGGGGCACACCUGAAAACAGCUCUCCCGUCAAAAAAGCACCCAUCACUCCAGGGCCCUGGAGGGUGCCGCGAGCAAAUAAAAUCACAGGCACCGUUGGCAUGACUGAUAAACAGCUGUGACCUUUUGUAUAAUUCAAAGAAAAUUUAAGUUGUUAUCUUUUACUAUAACACAGCAUUCUCUUAAAGGGGAGAGGUAUGUUUUUCCCCCAGAAAGUCUUCAAUAUCUAAUUGGAGCAUCAAGUUAGCCAGGCUGCAUGAAGGGCUUCUGAGAUUGCUAAAUCCCACCUGGCCCUUGCUGGCUGCCCUUCCUCAUGCUCAGGAAGGAGCUGCACCCAUGGGCUCCUCUGCCACGCCCUGCUCAGGCCACCCGCUCAGCAAUGACAUGAUCUUACCAGUGUGGUCACAGCUCACUUUGUAUUUGUGCCAAGUUAUCUACUGUAUCAUGUCUGUUUAUCCUUCCCAUUCUGAUAUUUCCAGUCAUCAAACAGUUCAGUUUGGAUUGAAGAUAUUUUCAAUAGCAUGUUGCAUGUUUACAGAGAGAAAUAUUUGAGUCCUUGCAGAGGAAGAAAUUGUUAGCUGAUCAUUAAAGUUGGCACUUGCCUCUUCUCACAGCUUCUGACCGUCUAGUUUAAAAAUGCAACUAAGAAACAUCACUAUGUACAGGAAAGGUCAAAUAUUGAAGAUGCUUUUUUAUGGCUAAGGUGUUUCAAGUAACUGCUAAAGAUAUUCCUUACAAUUGAAUGCUCAAAAUGAGGAAGACUAAGCAACAGAGUGAACAAACUCCUGCCAUGUUAGCCAACCCUAAUGUAGUUACAGUGUCUCAGACCCCCUACUAUAGUGAGAGACGUGCAGAAGCGUGUAGAAAUACCAUUUCUCUUUAAAGAAAAAUUACUAUAUCUGGAUAUCUUGAUUAUUAAUCAUUAGUCUCUAAUACAUUAUUGGAAAGCCUAAAUCUAUAGAUCAUUGUGUGAGACUUAGUCAUGAAUCCAGUGCUACAGCCAGACAAAGCAUCAGCUCCUGUGGCAUAGAGAAGUUCAUGUGGGGCAGACAUACAGGUUUUCAGAAUUUAGAGCAGAGCCUGCAUUGGGCUUCCGCAGCAAGUCAAGACUAAUACAGUAUAGACUGUGUGGUGGAACUUUAAUUUUUAGCUAAUUAACUAAAAACAGGAAAAGCUUUCAGAGUUCUUUUCUAAAAUCUAAGAAAAACUGCUAAAAGUUGGAGACAAUUUUUAACCUCAUGCAAUAGAUCAGGAUGUUAGUUAGGUUCCCUGAAACAGCAUUCAAAAGCAUCUAUAAAUAUAGACAUUUCUCAGACCAAAACUGUCUACUUAUAGAGUAUUUGAACACUCAUUCUGUUACCCCGUGAGUCUGACAAACUCCACUGUGACCAACUGUACUGACCUUGUAGGAAACACAUGCUUCCACCCAGAACUAUAUUUACCCAUCUAUUAUGUAUAACUACUUGAAUAGAGCAAAAUUAGGAGGCUUGAUAAAUGCUAAGAAUUUAGUACCACAGAAAUGAUUUAUUUUCCCUAUAGUCCACAAUUAGUGACACAAAUCCUAUUUUUAUUGUUAACUGUGACAUAACUUUGAUGUCAUAUGUUGUCAGUCUGAUGUGGCUCUUCCUAAGUAACCUGUCACUGUACUGAUUAUAUACUGACUUAGCCAUGUGGCCUUGGAAUGCUGUGCAAAUAUGGAUGUCCUGGUUGUAAAUGUUUAUAUAUGUACAGUACCUUUAUAUACACACUUGAGGUUCUGAUUAGAGAAAGAUCUGUAAAUCGCUCGUUAUUUUUUAUAUAGAUAUUAAAAAAGAAAAAAAUUUAUGUCCUGCUUUUUUUUUAAAAAACUGUCAGCAUCAUUUAACAUUGCUGUUUUGCAGACCUUAGUUGCCAUCAUGAUCUGAGUCAUAAGAGUCUUAAAAUCAGAAAGACAUAAUAAUGUGUCUUUGCCUGCACUGAAUUUCAUAUGUGAAUGAAAGCCUUGAGUUGUAUACCCUUAUUUCAUUGCAAAGACAUUUUUUAAUGCCCCCUUUCUCCACUACUAGAGAAGACAUUUCAUCUCACUGGAAUCCAGGCACUACACAUUUAUAGUGGGAUAACAGUACUGACCACUUCCCACUAGUUCACAGAAUUCCAUGGUGAUUCACAUUAUUGAAAAAUAUUUUAUUUAUUUUAAAUUUACUUUUAGAAUUAAGUAUCUGGAUUUGAUUUCAUUUCACUUCAUGUGUGUGUUAAAUCCUACUUCAAAACUCUGGUUUAUUAAUACUCUUCAGGAGAAAAAUUCCUAUAAUUGCAUGACCUCACACUAAAAAUAAAGUCUAGUUCUAUUUCCAGACCCACAUGGAAAUAAUGGAAAUGUGUCAGAGCAAAAGCUGCUGAAAGUAGGAGCUCUGAAGUUCUGUGAACACACUGUUCCCAGGCAGGGCUGCUGCAAUCCCACAGCAUUGCCUUCUGACAGCUACAGCACCCUUACAGCUAAGCAGCUCUGAGCAGUGUCAACUCCUUGAUCAAGAAAGUCUUGGCCCCAAAAAGCAUUUGGCUUCUUAUUUUUACAUGAGAAUCCCUUCAUUUAAAGGAAACUCGAGCAGCGAAGAUGGCUCAGCAGGUAAGAGCACUUGCCACCAACCCUUCCAUCGCCAGAACUAUGGUAGGAGAGAACCACAUCCAUUCAGGUGCCCUUGAUGCACACAUUUACAUAAAUUAAAAAGCAAAAUAGUGAAGAUACUUCUUAUUCUUGUGCAGAAAUACAAAGCCAAAUGCUUUGCACAUAUCUGGACAAAUGGAGUUCCAUACUUAUAUUUCCAUUUCUCACCAAAAGUAUUGAAGGCACACAAGAGGUUGAGUAAGGUUCUGCCUAGUGACCGCCACAAAGAUGUAGACUGGAGCUGAGCCUACUGUAUGACUGUAUAACCAAAGAACAUCUGUGUAACCUGACUGAAAUACAGCAGUCCACUCUAGAGUGGGAGUGCAUCAGAGCACUGUCUGUCUUUGUGUGCCUUGCACCUAAACACUACCAAUUUUAUAAACAGCAACAGAUACAUUUAUUUGGGAAGUCUAUCAUCUUUUGUUAGCUGAAAUCGUCUGACACAUCUACAAACUUGAUAGGCUAUAAGUUCUCCAUGGUACUGACAUAGAAGCUGAAUCUAGUCUCUAGGCAUAUAAGCAGCAUUAAAUAUGAAUAUGAAUUAAAUAAGCAUAUGAAUGCUUAUGAAGAAUUUUAUCUAGUAGAAAAGGUCUAUAUCUCAUGCUCUAAAAUAUGGACACAGCCAAAUGCUUAAACUAUGUACAUUAAAGUCAAAAAGAAAAAAAAACAAAUUUAAAAACCAAGAAACUUACUUUGUACUUAGGACAAUCGCUAGUUAACCUGCGUGCUACCUUAUCGGAGUUGUGUGUGUUGUGCAGGAAAAGUAUACCACUGCAUGUUUGUGUUCAAAUUUCAUCGCUCAGAAGAGGCUCCAGGGACUGACUGCAAGAAACAGAUUACUUAAAUUAGUAGACUAGUUCGUGUAUGUGUGAAUUAAUGAAUUCCCAAAUCACCAUGUUUGGGAACAAGACCCAGCUGGCCUAUUAAGAAUAUGUAGAUUUAAAUUUUUCAAGGCUUUCAGUUUGAUUAAUUUAAAAUAAGGUUCAUUAACCUUGAACCAAUAAACUGACACAUUUGAGACAUUCUGUUAUUUAGAAUUUCUCUUAUUGGAAAGUAGAGAAAACUAUAUCCCAGUUAGGCAAGCAUAUGGUUAUUUAGCUUUUCAAUGUUUAGUUUAUAGUUGUGACCAUAACAUGUCUAGGAGGUUUACAGAUUAUAUCUCCAUAGCAAUUUUAGGAAGGAUGAUUUCCCCCAGUGAAACAGAUUUAAAAUCCAAAUCAAUAGGUAAAUUUCUUAUUCUUUGAUAGAUACUGCUACAAUUAAUUAAUUAAUUGGGCUUAAUGUGCAUAGUAUAAAAUGGGCAUUUAUCUACAGGAUAUGAAAGUAAAUAAGGCUGUGUCCAUAUUUUUGAGUAUGAGAUUUAGACUUUUUCUAUCAGAUAACUCUACAUCUUGGUUUUAUUUAUCAAUAAUGUAGUAUUACCAAAAUCUUAGCCCUUUGGGGAAAUCAAAGUAUAAGUCACUAGAUAAUACACAGGUGUCAACUAAACAGUGAUUACUGCACAAGACAGAGCAUGGGAUGGUGUGGAAGGCAGCGCAGGUAAAGUGAGGCAGAGGAUGUCAAACUGGAAAGGAAUGCAGCACUGACAAAGGAGGGCCUUGGAGGUGACCACAGGAAAUAAACAGCAUUUAAUAUGGAUUACAGUGUAAGAAUUUCCAUAUUUUAAGUUCAUUCAUGCAGCUGUGGAAAACCAACUUUUCAGCUAUAAUGGAAACCCAGCAGAGCAGAACAGCACAGGGUGAGUCUAAAGGAGGUUUUGCUAGUAGCAGUGAAAACCAUGAAUUUUUACUUGUAUAGGACUAUGACAAGACAUACGCCAAGGCAAUCCACAAAGAAAGUUUGUUUGAACUUACGGUUCCAGAGAGUUAAGAGUCCAUGAUGGUGGAGUAGAAGCAGCAGGCAAGCUGGCUGGAGCAAAAGCUGGAGUUGCAAGCAGGAAGCAGAGAGCAUGAACUAAAAUGCUAAAAGUCUUAGUUCUCAAAGCUGGUCUCCAGUGACACACUUCCUCUAGCUAGGGUACACCUCCUAAGCCUCUCCAAACAGUGCCACCAAUUGUGGAGGAGUAUUCAAAAGACUAAGCAUGACAUCAUUCAAAUCACAAGGCAGAACUAGAUUAAACAUUGAGCAACAGAAUCAGCACUGUACCAUUUACUAAGGUAAGGAAAAUGUCUCUUUAAAAAUAAUAGAAGUAGUUUACUAGCAGAUGUUAGGUUUUGGACAAGGGCAGCACAUGACAGCAGAUGAACAAGGAGAGCCCCAAAACUGUCUGUAAGUAGCCUCUGGGCUGCAGUGUAGAAAUGCAAUUGCUCAGAGAGGAGGGGAGCUCAGGGACAUGAGGAGGGGAGCUCAGGGACAUGCAGAGGGUAGCCCAGUUUUAGUUGAACGCUGGUAGUACGAGCACUCAACCAUAAUGAACCUCCAAAAGAAGCUGGUAGAAAAAAAAAUGGUAAACUCCACACAGGGCUAGGAUCAUGCUACAAAUGCAGGAAGACCUUGUUCCUCACAAACAGAAGACCAAGUACUUAGAAAAAUUUUGCUUUAGCAGAAGAAUUAUAUAUCCUAAGUCUAACUGUCCCUGGCAUAUCUACCAAGAUUAAAAGCAAUCUUUGAAAUGCCCUGUCUCGAAGAAACUGCAUUUCAAAAUAAAGCUCAAUAAGAUUACAAAAAAAGAAUUCAUGCACACCACAACACACCCCACUCACAAUUCUAAAAUUCACAACCAAUAAAAAAAAAAAAAUGCCAGGCAUGUAAAACA